AUGGUCAAUUUGAAGAUAGUGAAUCUAAAUGGCUUAUCAAUUCCUCAAGAUCCAACACAAGAUUUGAUACUUGAAAAGCUGAAACAAAAGAAAAAGAAUUUCGAGGCAAUUUUGGCCUCAAAAGACAACACACUUAAAGAACUUCAGGAGAAAAUUGGUAAACUUGAGGCAGAAUUGGAAAAGUCCAACAAUGUGAAUGAAGACUUACACCAGAGAGUAAAGCUACUUCAAAAAAGUUUUAACCCUGAUCAACCUUCCGCAAAGCCCAGAGAAAUUAGCAGGUCAGGCUCUAUGAACAAGAAGCAUAUGAAAAAAAUUUGGGAAAAGAAAAUCGCAAUUUUACAAGAAAGUCUGCACACCCUCAGAAAUGAGAUGUAUCUUCGUCAGACCCUUGAGAAACAGGCUACAAUGCUUCACAGGGCAAACAUCAAUUAUACAGGAAGGCCUGAAAUACCUGAAGAGCCACUCGAAGCCAAAUUAAUUCCUUCUAACCAAAAUCCAGAUAAUCGGCUUCCUGCCAAGACCAACACCAUGUUGCCAGUCAUACAAGAUAUUAACCAGGAGUUAUCUGCGCUUUUAGAAGCACAUGGUUGGUGGAAAAAAUAG